AUGCCCCAGGGUUUGCUGACAUUCAGUGAUGUGACUGUUUACUUCACGAAAGACGAGUGGGAAUGCCUGGACUGUGCUCAGAGGGCUUUGUACAUUGAUGUGAUAUUGGAGAAUUACAGCAACCUGCUCUCUGUGGAGAACUAUUACAAGUGUGAUCCUGUCCAUCAGCAUGUGAAGACUGAAAAGGAGUCUUGUCAGUGUAAUGAGCCUGGAAAAGUGCUUCAUGACCCCUCCACAUGUGCACUUUAUAGAACAAGUGAAACUACAGAAAACUCCAAUAACUACACAUGCAGUAAUCACAGGGAUGCCUCUGUUGACUCAUCAAACCCAGAGAGACAUGAAAGCCUGCACAGUGGAGAAGAACCUUGCCGAUCUAUAGACUGUGAGAAAUCUUUAAAUUUGUGUUCCAACAUUACUAAAGAUCAGAGAGUCUACACUGCAAAGAAAGAGCACAGGCAGGGAGAAUGUGAUGACUGUUUCACCUUUGUAUACAGUCUUUUGCAACAACCAAUCUACACUGGACAGAAACAACACCAGUCUGAGAAAUGCUUCAGUAGUGCCUCAAGCAAAAUACAUACAGGCAAGAAACCGUACAAGUGCAACAUUUGUGAUAAAUCCUUUACCCAAUGCUCAAAUCUUAAAGCACAUCAAAGAAUUCACACUGGAGAGAAGCCUUACAAAUGUGAGGGCCCACUGAUCACCCAGACCUGCUCACCUGUGCAGCAGAACAGAGGGGCCUGGAAGAUGGAGAGGAAGGAGACAGAAGCUAAGGAUGCCGGGCGGCAAGCAGUCUAUUCAUCAAGACACCUAGUGUUCCUGAAAGAGAAAUUCAAAGAAGAGAAACAAGAAAUGGCUGAUUCUCCAGAACAUGUGUCCCAGGGUGUGUUGACAUUCUUUGAUGUAGCUGUGAACUUCUCCCGGGAGGAGUGGCAAUGCCUGGACUCUGCUCAGAGGGCUUUGUGCAUUGAUGUGAUGUUGGAGAAUUACAGCAACCUGGCCUAUGUGGAGAACUAUUACAAGUGUGAUCCUGUCCAUCGCCAUGUGAAGACUGAAAAGGAGUCUUGUCAGUGUAAUGAGCUUGGGAAAGUGCUUCAUGACCCCUCCACAUGUGCGCUUUAUAGAACAAGUGAAAUUGCAGAAAACUCUGAUAACUACACAUGCAGUAAUCACAGGGAUGCCUCUGCUGACUCAUCAAACCCAGACAGACAUGAAAGCAUGCACACUGGAGAAGAACCUUGCAUAUCUAAAGACUGUGAGAAGUCUCUAAAUUUGUGCUCCGACAUUACUCAAGAUCAGAGAGUCUACACUACAAAGAAAGUACAGAGACAGAGAAAAUAUGAUGACUCCCUCAGCUCUACAUAUGGUUUCAUGCAACAAACAAUCUAUAUAGGAAAAAAACCACACCAGUGUGGGAAAUGUGGGGAAUGCUUCAAGACUACCUCAAACCUCAGUCGACAUCAGAGAAUUCAUACUGGAGCAAGACCUUACAGAUGUAAGGUAUGUGACAAAUCUUUUUAUACGUCUCCAAUGCUUAAACAACAUCAUCGAAUUCAUACUGGAGAGAAGCCCUACAAGUGCAAUGUUUGUGAGAAAUCCUUCAACUGGUGCUUAAGUUUUGUAAGACAUCAGAGAGUUCAUACUGGAGAAAAGCCUUACAAAUGUGCUGUAUGUGACAAAUCCUUUAACGUGAGCUCAAAUCUUAAAGUACAUCAGAAAACACAUACUGGGGAGAAACCAUACAAAUGUAUGGAAUGUGACAAAUCCUUUACCCGGAACGCACAUCUUCAAAGACAUCAGAGAGUUCAUACUGGAGAGAAACCUUACAGAUGUACGGAAUGUGGCAAAUCUUUUUGUAAGUAUUCAUCUGUUAGGGAACAUCAGAAAAUCCAUACUGGAGAGAAAACUUACAAAUGCGAAGCCUGUGGCAUAUCCUUUAGCCAGUAUUCAAAUCUGAGAAAACAUCAACGAGUUCAUCCUAAAGAAAGACCUUACUCAUGUAAGGAAUGUGGCAAAUUUUAUACCAGCACCACAUAUCUGAAAGUACAUCAGAAAAUUCAUACUGGAGAGAAACGUUACAAAUGCAAGAAAUGUGGCAAAUCCUUUAGCCAGUAUGCGAAUCUUAGAGAACAUUACAGUGUUCAUACUCAAGAGACACCUUGAAUAUAUAAGGAAUGUGUCAAAUCUUUUACUAAGUGCUCAACUCUACAAGCACAUCAGAAAAUUCAUGCUGAAGAGAAAAAUACUGUUGUAAAUAAGAUGCCAUGGCAUUUAUCUGGUAUUCUAUGCUGACAAAUCACAAGAGUAUACAUAAUAGAAACAUAAACAUUAGAAACCUGUAACAGCCUUUAAAGAAGCUUUAAACUUUAGAAAUAUAUCACAGAGUUUAUAUUAAAUUAAAAUUCUGUAAGUGUGUGAAAAGCUUUUUUUUAAAUGCCUAGGUACUUUGUAUGUAUGACUGUACAUUAUAUGUCUGCUUUCUGCCUGUGGAGUCCUUCAAAUCUAUUGCAGCUGGAGUUAUAUGCAGCUGUAAGCUGCUAUGUGUGUAUUGGCAAUUGAAACCUAUUUUUUUUUUUGGUAGAGCAGCCAAUGCUCUUAACCACUAAGCC